ACCUGAAAUAAACCCUCACAAUUAUUCACUGUGUUGAAAUCCUUGAUCGUAUUCGACUAUAUUUGUUUAUAUGAUUAUGUAGCAACUUCAAAUGUGAUGUUUUCAUAUACAUGUGAAGCAAUUGACUACAUAGACAUGUUAUAGUUACUUCCGAUAACCAUGGUUGAUGUCCACCCAUUUCCGCAAAGCGGACAGGUACCAGUCGGGGCUGUUAUGGAACAAAAACUUGCUGAAUUCAGGGCUAGGAGAAAGGCUGAAAACGCAACCAAAACAGUCGAAAGUACAGCCAACCAACCGCCCAGAACAUCGACAGCAUUAGACACGAUUGAACCUACAAACGAGGCGGCACUACAGGCUCCCACGCAGGCCAACAUCACCAGCCCUUACAUAGAGAGAGAAACGAUCCAGGUCGAGGAUAGGUCAGACUGGACUCUGGACAGUGCUAUUGGAAGAUGGAUUGGUUCCAGCAGGCUUUGCUUCGAUAAUCGCACUUUAUUUAAAGUUUUGCUGUGGCUUGUCCUUCUCGGACUCUUCGCUGAACUGGAAUUCGGCCUUCCCUUUUUCGUCCUCUCCCUCUUCUACUGGAUGUACCAAGGACUUCGCAGCCCGGCUGCACGACAACCCGGGGAACUGAGUGCUUAUUCUGUGUUCAACCCUGACUGUCAGCCCAUCCUCGGCGCUAUAACUGUAGAGCAGUUAGAGGGAGAAAUGGGUUACCAUUCUCUAUCUGCCUAACAAAUUAAGAAAUGAAAAUUGUCCUGUUGGGAAAGAGUGCCUCAGAGUGUUUUUUCUUUUUAAGUUAUUGGACAUGUAGUCAUCCAGUUUUAUUGGGUUGUCACAAUACGUCAUGAAGUAAUAUAUUAAAUAAAGCUCAAUAAGCCACAUCUCUACAGAGUAGCAUGUCUUUGUUGUUUUUAAAUAACAUACUUUCCAAGAUAUUCAAGUAUUUAGAUAAUGGGAAAACACCUGGUUUUUCCCUGAUGUGAAUUGAGUGAUUUCUUGUUUCAUAAAAAAAUGAGUGGGAGUUUCAUGCAACGUGGUGGGCGUGCUUUGGAUCCAACAGAGUCGACGUCUUACUCUACUUCCGGUCAUCAACAAUUGAGUGGCAAAGUCACGAUCCUUCCGGUAGAAAAAAAAAAUAUGUAUGGGUUUCAAUGGAGAGAAAGUAAUUAUCUUCUGGUCCCAGUCUUUAUAUGUCCCGGAUUAAACAUAUGUUGUUUGUGGAAUUAAAUGAUAUGAUAUUUUCAUGCCAA